GGGGCUGCGGGAGGAGCCGCGGGAGGAGCCGCGCUCGGCCGCUUUGUGCCGGCAGCCGCCGCAGGACGGCCGCAAAGCCAUGGAAGAGUUAAUAGUUGAGCUGCGCCUGUUUCUUGAACUUCUGGACCAUGAAUAUCUAACUUCCACUGUCAGGGAGAAGAAGGCAGUAAUAACUAACAUUCUCCUGAGGAUACAGUCAUCAAAAGGUUUAGAAAUAAAAGAACAUGUCCAGAAGCAAGAAGUUGCCAACAGUUUGCCGGCGCCUCCUCAAAUGCCUCUGCCAGAAAUACCUCAGCAGUGGCUGCCACCAGAUAAUGGGCCUCCACCACUGCCAACAUCCUCCCUUCCUGAAGGCUAUUAUGAAGAGGCAGUGCCACUUAGUCCUGGGAAGGCUCCUGAGUACAUCACUUCCAAUUAUGACUCAGAUGCCAUGUGCAGCUCUUACGAAUCCUACGAUGAAGAGGAGGAGGAUGGAAAGGGGAAGAAAAUGAGACAUCAGUGGCCUUCUGAGGAAGCCUCUAUGGAUCUGGUGAAGGAUGCCAAAAUCUGUGCCUUCCUUCUUAGAAAAAAGCGAUUUGGGCAAUGGGCCAAACUACUGUGUGUUAUCAAAGAAAACAAACUACUGUGUUACAAAAGCUCCAAGGACCAGCAGCCCCAGAUGGAGCUGCUCCUGAAUGACUGCAGUAUCACCUAUAUUCCCAAAGACAGCAAAAAGAAGAAGCAUGAGCUGAAAAUCUCUCACCAAGGAGCAGAUGCCCUGGUUCUGGCAGUGCAGAGCAAAGAGCAGGCAGAGCAGUGGCUAAAGGUUAUAAAAGAUGUGUGCAGCAACUGCACGGGAGCUGUAGACUCUGAUGGGCCAUUGUCUAGUUCUCCAGUACACAAAGUGGAGCUGGAAAAGAAGUUGUCGUUUGAGAGGCCAAGCUCAGAUGGGGAAGGUGCUGUGGAAAAUGGCAUCACUACUGUGUGCAAUGGUAAAGAACAAGUGAAGAGGAAAAAAAGUUCGAAAACAGAAGCCAAGGGCACUGUGACUAAAGUAACAGGGAAAAAAAUAACAAAGAUCAUUGGUUUAGGAAAGAAAAAGCCAUCAACAGAUGAACAGACCUCAUCAGCUGAAGAAGAUGUUCCAACAUGUGGAUAUCUCAACGUGCUCUCUAAUAACCGUUGGCGUGAGCGCUGGUGCAGAGUGAAGGACAAUAAACUCAUUUUCCACAAGGACAGGACAGAUCUGAAGACACACAUUGUUUCUAUCCCACUCCGUGGCUGUGAAGUCAUCCUGGGGCUGGAUUCAAAGCAUCCCCUGACCUUCCGCCUGCUCCGCAACGGGCAGGAGGUCGCUGUGCUCGAGGCCUCCUCCUCAGAAGACAUGGGCAGAUGGAUAGGAAUUUUGCUGGCAGAAACGGGGUCUUCAACAGACCCUGGAGCUCUGCACUACGACUACAUCGACGUGGAAAUGACGGCAAGCGUCAUCCAGGCUGCAAAACAGACCUUCUGUUUCAUGAACAGGCGGGUUAUAUCUACAAAUCCGUACCGGGGAAGCGCUGCCAACGGCUACGCCUGUCCAAGUGGAAUGGCACUUCAUUACGAUGAUGUUCCCUGCAUAAAUGGAUCGUGGGAACCAGAAGAUGGCUUUCCUUCUUCUCGUAGCAGGAACAUGGGAGAAGAAAUGCUUUAUGAUAACGCAGGCCUGUACGAUAACUUGCCGUCUCCAAAAAUCUUUGCGCGCUAUCCGCCAGCUGACAGGAAACCCAAUAGGUUGUCUACUGACAAACUCUCCUCUAACCAUUACAAAUACCCUGUCUCAUCCAGUCUGUCUUCUGCUCAGUCUGUCACUAAUACCUCUGCUGUGGGGAGGGGAUCUGGCUCGCAGUUUAAAGGCAAGAAGCCUCCUGUGACUACUAAUGGGAUCGCCGGAAAAGCAAGAACUUUAAAUAGCCAGCCGAAGAAAUCUGAAACAGUUUCCUGUGUGAAGCGCACUGCAUCCAAUGCAGAGCAAUACAAGUAUGGCAAGAAUCGUGUGGAGGCAGAUGCAAAGAGGUUACAAAGCAAAGAGGAGGAGCUGCUGAAGAAAAAAGAAGCCCUUCGGAACAGGCUGGCCCAGCUCCGGAAAGAAAGAAAAGAUCUGCGUGCUGCCAUUGAAGUCAAUGCUGGCAGGAAGACCCAAGUGAUUCUUGAAGACAAGUUAAAGAAGCUGGAAGAGGAGUGUAAGCAGAAGGAGGCUGAGCGUGUAAAUCUGGAGCUAGAACUGACUGAGGUGAAGGAGAGCCUUAAGAAAGCCUUGGCUGGUGGCAUCACACUGGGCUUGGCUAUUGAACCCAAAUCAGGAACAUCAAGUCCACAGUCUCCAAUUUUCAAGCAUCGAACUUUGGAAAACUCUCCAAUCUCCAGCUGUGAUACCAGUGAUACUGAAUGCUCCAUCCCUGUGAACAGCGCAGCAGCUCUGAAGCGACCUCCCUCAUCAAACAAUUCUCCAUGUCGAGGCCAUGUCCUUCGAAAAGCUAAGGAAUGGGAGAUGAAAAAUGGAACAUAAACAUAACAAAGCCACACACUUUCCAUAAAGGCCUUACCUACUACAGACCAGACAUAGGCUGCAAAGGACUCACCUGGAAGGUCACAUCAAGUGAUAAAACAUAAGAAGUUUUAGAACUCUGUUAAGUUAAUGGUAGCUUGGCGCUAAUUUGCCUGUAUUCCCUCUACUGUAUUGCUGUGUAACUACAUGUGCCCCUUUUUAUUAGCUGUAACUCCUUGUUUCCAACUUCACUGGUAAAGAAAAUGAAAACCAAAAAAACCAUAGGAACUAAAAAGGAGCAUAAAGUCACAGUUGAAUGUUUACUUUGCUGAACCAGUAAAGAACCAGCAAUGUUAAUUACAGUGCAUCAAACGGCCAGAACACUGCUGAAGACUGGUGUGAAAUCUUGACUCCUGCAAGGUUAAAACUGCCUUCCGAACUCUGCCACAGAGCAGGUCUAACUCAUCAGCAGAGACUUUGCUGGUGGCUGCUCACAUGGCAAAACAUACCUGAAGAAAUGUGCUCGCAGAAGCAGCAGUGCCUGCUCGGCCCAGCAGCUCUGCAAUGACAGCGACUCAUUGGUGAAGCGUUUUUUGGAUACUUUUUAGACAGAUGCUUUUGUCAUUGGGAGAUAAAAAGCUGCCAAACUUGGAGACAGAUGCAUUUUUGUAUGUUCUCUUUAUUGCUCUUCUGAAGCACCAGUCAUUUUCAAAGGUCAUGUUCUUGAACUAUGACUUGUUCCUGAUUUUUUUAAAAGGCAAACAGGUAUUUUUAGAUACUGCUUCUUUUCUAUACAUUUUAAAGAAGAAAAAGAAAACAAUUGAACUUAGUCCUCGACAGAUAGUGGCAACUCAGAAUAACUUAUGCAGUCAGUCUUGUUUUGUUUUUUAUAAUAUAGUAUUGUUAAACUUGAGGUAUAGAACACUGCUGUACUUCGUUUCCUUUGUCUGUUUUCAGACCUCAGCUAUUAUUUUUGAGGAAGAUGGACUGAAAAGGUAAUAAUUUUCAGACUCUUCUAUAAACGGUUCAACAAAUAAUUGGGGAUUUUCUCAAAUAGGAGUCCAUUUCUGUUUACUAGGAAACAGCAUCUUGCAUUUUAGUCUGUAAAAUUAUAAAAAUCUGUUUUUCUUUGUCUCCAUCCAUGUCACUUCUGAGAAAUUACAUGCAGUAAAUUGCCACUGAAAAUCUCAAGAUUGGUUUUAAAAAAUCAGAAGGGGGUUGGGGGGAGAAUGUGUAAUAAGAUGGCUUCUUUUAAGUUUUUCUCUUUUGUUUUUUUUAGGCCUUUGGAGAGCUUUCAAUCAUACUCUCAAUAUUUUUUUCCUCUUCAACUGUGAGGAGCAGAAAAUUAAUUUUAAAAAUUACCUCAAAAUAUGAGUGGUAUUUUAAUCACAGAUGUUAGGGUUGGAGUCUUGAUAAUUAGUUAAGAUUGCAAUUAAAAUCACAGAAGUUGGCAAGACAGCAGUCAUCAAGGAUCCCAUCCCUUUAUGGCCAAGCCUGCAGAUUAUCUCUUAGCUUUAGGAAGGGGUGUGUGCAACUCCUGGUGGGUACACUGGGAUUCUCAGCUGAGCUGGAUGCCAGAGGACUUCCUGCAGGAGCCUGUGGGAUUUGAAGGCACAGAUCUAUCAAAAAGACCUGACAGGAGACAGGGCUGUGUCCUGUUCCCAAAUGCAUUUAGGGCCAGGGAUCCCACUGACCUUAGCAAUGCAGAAAUGGGGCCCAGCAUGAGAAAGGCUCUUUGCUUCUUGUGACUUGUACUUGGUAUAAAGUGCCACAGGAAUGCAGAUACAAUAGGAAAGCAAGUGUCAGUGUGGUUUUCACUGAAAACACAAUUUUUUAAAUAUUAGUUUAGGUCACUUAUUAACUCUCUAACUAGAGGGCACAUCCUAUACUGUAUGACUACAGACUAAACAGCGUCAAAUUCCCAUAAAUAAUAGCAGAAACAAAUUUGAAGCAAAAGUAAGUUCAUUUAGGCUUUUUAUUUCAAAUUAAGUUAUUUAUUUGUAUAUUUCAAUAAGUAUUUAAUUUAUAUCUGUACAUAUUUAUAAUGCAAAUUAGGCUUCUAGUCAGUGUUAGCAAUGAUGUAACAGUUGCCAUUAAGAAGUGGUCCCGCAUCAAGUAAUGCAGAGUAGUCAAAAGCCAGAUCACUUGUCUUGUUUACCCAAUAUUGGCAUUGUCUCUUUCCACCCCUUUAAAAAAAAAAAAAAAAAAGAAGAAAAAUUCCUUGGCAAGGACAGGUUUUAAUCGACACCUGAGGCAGAUGUGUGUAAAUCUCUGCCCAGGAAAACAGAAAUUGUGUGGUGCAGCCUUCCUUCAGCUCUGCUGUAGGUGCAGGUCUCUGUCAGCACCUACAGCCCCCUGGGCCCCUGUAGUGUCUGCUGCACAGGGGCUGCCCCCUAAACUAUACUUCUCUCACUCUUCCUCCAGCAAAGGCUCCACAAAGCCACAACCACUUUAGUGUAUUCUGUGUAACAGCCAAGGUUCUGAAAGGAGGAAAACCAAAAAGCUUGGGAAAUAACCUCUCUAUAGACCAGUCUCAGUGCUGUGAAAUGUACUCUGUUGCCUUGAAUAGCACUAUUUUGCUGCACAAUUUUUUACAAAGAGCAACAGAACUUGUAUUUUUCACCGUUUUUAGAUUCCAGGAUCACCAGGCAAACUCAACCAUAGAGCAGCAUGACUUGUUUUAAAAGAAAACUCUUGUAUUCUGAACCAUUUCUAUGUCUUCUAAGAAAAUGUUACACUUAUGCUUCCUCACCAAAUGCCUGUUACUGUACCAGGUGCUUUUUUUAAAUGGUUUGUUUUGUUUGGUUUUUUUAAUGGGUGAUGCUUUUUUUAUAAAAAACCCAGAUCGUAACUUUGGGGGAUCAAGGGUGUUCUUUUAAUGAGAUGAUUGUGGCAAUUUGAUUUUUCAAAUGGAGAAUAUUAAUUUAGUAUCAAGUUUUGUUAGACACUUUCAAAUUAAUUGGCCAAGGGUGUAUGUUGUAUGAUAAUGUUCUCAUAUUAAGAAUGUAAUUAUUUCCUUAUUGUAUUUUUUAAAAAACAAAAUCAUAUUUAAAAAAAUCUCUGUGAAAAAAAGCAUAAUAGAAACAUGAAAAAAAAAGGUUUUGUUUUAUUUUUGUUAUUGGAUAUGUUGGCAGUGCCCAUUAUAAUUGACUGUAAAUAUAGCCUUUCUACUGUAUUUCUCAGUGUAUUUAAGUUCUUUUGACACACAUUCAUGGACAAUUCUGUUAAAAAAAAAAUAACAAAAGUCCAAAAUAGACCCACCUUCAAAUGUGUGUCUUACUAGCUUCAACUAACUUUAUGCCUUUCUAGUUUAGUCUUCAGAAAGUCUUGCAAAGUGUGAGAAAAGACCGGCACCUGGUAGGUGUGACAGAUCCGAGACCAUUAUUAAUAAAGUUACCUGUCAAAAAAGGA